ACACACUCACACACACACACGCUCACACACACUCACACACACUCACACACUCACACACACUCGCCCUCCACCUCUCCUUCUCUCCUCAUUCUCAGGUCUGUGCAGGUGAGUGUGUGUUUGUGUGUGUGUGCAGGAAUGCGGGAGCGGCAUGAGCCUGUGUGUGUGUGUGUGUGUGUAUGUGUGUGUGUUUGAUUGAGGAGGAGUGAAAGGACGAACAAAAGGGGAAGUGGAGGAAGGGAGUCUCCUUCAGCCCACCUGAGAGCUCUGCUAUGGGAGGAGGGGUUUAAAACCACACACACAUACACACUCUCUCACUCUCUCUCUCACACACUCUCACACGGCUGAUCCGAUCCUGCCGUUCCACUCCACUCCACUCCACAUACUCACACACACACACACACACUGAAGAUUAGAGCCGGAGUGUAACUUCAAGAGGAGAAAAACAACCUGCUCCAGAAACUUCAAAGAAACUCACAACUCUGAGAUCAAAGACGCUUUACAACUUUUUCACUUUUUUAAAAAUAUUUUUUAAACUUUUAUAUUUUUACAUUUUUGUUUUUUCCACUUUGUGGAAGUGUGUGUGAGGGAGGAAAGGAUUUUACCCCACUGUGUGUGUGUGUGUACGCACUUGGACUUUGAGACUUGGGCUGGGAGACUCAGUAUCAAAGAGGUCAGAGAUGGGAAGAUGGGCGUGGCACCUCAGUGUGGUAUUUCUCUCCCUCACCCUGAUUGGUCAUCAUGUCGUCAGCGCCAAUCGCUGUGCAGCGAGUAAAGCCACCAACUGUUCUGAGUGUCUGCAGACCGGAUUCGGCUGCGCAUACUGUUCUGAUGAGGUGUUUGGGUUUGAUCGCUGUGACCUGCUGGAGAACCUGAAAUCUCACGACUGUGUUCAGACCGUAUCAGUGCAGAGCUCCAUGUCCAUGACGCAGAACAAUGCGAUUGAUAAGAACCUGAAACGCUCCCAAGUGGCUCCUCAGAAGAUGACGAUGACUCUGCUACCCGGUGAGAAGCGAGAGGUGGAGAUGGAGGUGUUUGAGCCGGUGCGUGGUCCACUCGACCUCUACAUUCUCAUGGACUUCUCCAACUCCAUGUCUGAUGAUCUGGACAACCUCAAGAGGAUGGGGGAUGAGCUAGCUCACUUGAUUCUGACUCUCUCUGAUGAUUACACAAUCGGAUUCGGCAAAUUCGUUGAUAAAGUCACUGAACCACAGACAGACAUGAGACCAUCAAAGUUGAAGGAGCCGUGGGCGAACAGUGACCCGCCGUUCUCCUUCCAGCACGUCAUCAAUCUCACCAGUAACAUCACCACCUUCAGACAGAUCCUGCAGAAGGAGAGAAUAUCCGGCAACCUGGACGCUCCUGAGGGCGGAUUUGACGCCAUCCUGCAGGCCGCCGUGUGUCAGUCUCAGAUAGGGUGGAGGCCUAACAGCACCCAUCUCCUGGUCUUCUCCACCGAGUCGGCGUUUCAUUACGAAGCGGACGGCAUAAACGUGUUGGCGGGAAUUUUGCCGCGGAACGACGAGAAUUGUCACCUGGACAGUAAUGGUCUGUACACGCACGCCACGCAGCAGGAUUACCCAUCAGUCCCCACGCUGGUGCGGCUGCUCGUCCAGAACAACAUCAUCCCCAUCUUCGCCAUCACCAACCACUCGCUCUCCUACUACCAGAAACUGGUUAAUUAUUUCCCCAUCGCUGAGUACGGAGUGUUAACAGACGAUUCAUCCAACAUCCUCAAGAUCAUCACGAAAGCCUUCGACAGUAUCCGUUCAAAGAUCAGCAUCCAGGCUGAGAACAAACCCAAAGCCAUUGGUGCUCAGAUCCUCUCAGCAUCCGGAAUCGCAUCAGAUUUCGGAAACUUCAGCAUCAAGCCAGGAGAAAUCGGUAAAUUUAAAGUGCUUCUGAACGCUAAGACAAGCGUGAACGACAAACCCGUGUGCACCCUGAACAGUAACGACCGUGGGGGGAUGAUCAGGGUCAAACCCACCACGUUUAGCUCCGCCCUCGAGAUACACACCUCCGUCCUCUGUGAAACCUGCAACUGUGAACAGAAUCCAACAGUGAAGGCGGCUCGGUGUAGUGGAAACGGAGACCUGGUGUGUGGAACCUGCCGCUGUUAUGAUAAAUGGUUGGGUCCGUACUGUAACUGCUCGUCUCAGCUGUCCUCGGACAUGAGAGGGUGCGUGACUCAGAGGAUGACGGAGCCGUGUAACGGCAGAGGAGACUGUCUGUGUGGAACGUGUCUCUGUUACAACCCCAAUCAGUACGAAGGACAGUUCUGUCAGUACGACAGAUCACAGUGCCACAGAUCAGGAGGAUUCCUCUGUAACGAUCGAGGCAAGUGCUCUAUGGGGAAGUGUGUGUGUCAAAGUGGAUGGACAGGAAACGCGUGUGAGUGUCCUCUCAGUAAUGUAACCUGCCUGGACAACAAAGGGGGUUUGUGUAAUGGUCAUGGUGUGUGUAAAUGUGGACGUUGUGAGUGUGAAUACUCUGGACUAGAGCUGGGAUCAACAUGUGAACCAAACUUCCAGGCUCAGUUGGGGAUGUGUGAGAGCAGGAGAAGUUGUGUACAGUGUCAGGCCUGGAAGACCGGAGAGAUGAAAGGAGACAAGUGCAAGGGCUGUCCAUUUACCAUCAAGCUUGUGGACAAGCUGAAGGACAGAGAUAAAGUGAUAGAGAAGUGUAAUUAUCGUGAUGAAGAAGAUGACUGUACGUAUUACUACACGGUGAAUUAUCCUUCUAGUCCCACUGAUAAAGAGCACGAGGUGGAGGUGCUCAAGAAAAAAGAGUGUCCUCCUGGAGGUUUUCUCUGGUUGAUUCCUCUCAUCAUGUUCCUGAUGUUGUUGUUGGGUCUCUUACUGCUGUGCUGCUGGAAAUACUGCGCAUGCUGCAAGGCGUGUUUGGCCCGGCUGUGUGCCUGCUGUCCGUGCUGUGCGAUGGGUCGUAUGGUGGGAUUUAAAGAAGAUCACUACAUGCUGCGUCAGUCCUUACUGAGCUCGGAUCACUUGGACACGCCGCUGGUUCGGACCGGGCCGCCCAAGAGCACAGACAUCGUGCGCUGGAAAGUGAAAGACAACGUCCACCGCGGACCGAACCACCCUCAGAACCAGAUCCAACCCAACCCCAAAGAAAUCAUCGACGUCCCUCUCUCACUGCGGCUCCACAGACAGUUUUCUGAUGAACUUUCACGGCCAGAAGCUCGCAACACUGAACUCCUCAAACAGGAAGUGGAGGAAAAUCUGAUUAAUGUGUUCAGACGAAUUCCUGGUGUCCAGCGAGUGCAGAAAACCAGAUUCAGGACACAGAGAAAUGCAGGAAAGAGGCAGAACAACACCAUCGUGGACACGGUUCUCUCGGCUCCUCGCUCCAGCUACCCCGACAUCGUUUCCCUGACAGAUAAACAGGUGCAGACUGGGACUUUCAGCAACAUGAGAGUAGUGCCGGGAUACUACACCGUGGCCACGGACAGAGAGGCGACGGGGGCGGUGGAGCUGCAGGAGGGCGUGGAGUCCGUGGAUGUUCGGGUUCCACUCUUCAUCAAAGAUGAGGAUGAUGAUAAGAAACAGCUGCUGGUGGAGGCCAUCGACGUUCCGGUGGGAAUCGCCACCAUCGGAAAACGCUACGUCAAUAUCACAGUGAUUAAAGAACACGCUAAGAGCAUUCUGACCUUCCUUCAGCCCUCGUACACGUUCUCUCGGCAAGACGGCGUAGCGAACAUCCCGAUUAGCCGCGACAUCAUUGAGGACGGUCGCACUCAGGUCACCUACUGCACUCGCGACCUCACUGCCAAGGACAAGAAGGACUAUAUCUCAGUGGACGGAGAUCUGCUAUACCAGCCUGGAGAAACACAGAAGAUGGUUCCUGUGAAGCUGCUGGAGCUCGGUGAAGGAGACGCCCUGUUGGAUAAACAGCCCAAACAGUUUGUGAUGGAUCUGAGCAACCCACGUCAGGGCGCUAAACUCGGCAAAUACCCGCGAACCACCAUCAACAUCGCUGACAAGCCAGAUCCGAGUGUGAUCAUGUUCAAGAACAGCACGCAGACCUUCAACAUAUCCGACGCGCUCUACACCAUCCCUGUGAUCCGCACUCAGGGUCUGGAAAACCCCUCCACCGUUAACUGGCGCACAAUCUCCUCCCGCUUCAACCUGUCCGGCCUGGUCAAGUUCGCCCCCGGAGAGAUGGAGAAGAACAUCGUGAUCGACACUCUUACGCAGCAGAUUCCCCCCAAACCAGAAAACUUCCAGCUGGAGCUGUAUGACCCGAGCGCUAACAGCCUCGUCCGAGACAGGAAGACCACGGCGGUCAAAAUCAUUGAUCCCAAAGGAGAUCUCAUGAUUAAGACAGGAUCUCCUCCAACUCACACUGGACGAAUCUUUGCUCCAACUAACAUUGAAGCUACAGCUACAGGCCCUAAAAAGAUCCGCCUUAACUGGAAUCCUCAGUCUGGAGCCAAGGGAUAUAAGGUGAAGUAUUGGAUCUACGGAGAUCCCGAAGCCGAAGCCCAGGUGGUGGACGUUAAAAACACUCAUGCUGAAUUGACGAAUCUCUACCCGUACUGCGAUUAUGAGAUUCGUGUGUGUUCAUACACUGCUCAAGGAGAUGGGGACUACAGCGACAUCGUGCAGUGCCAGACUCUCGAGGAUGUCCCAAGUGAACCAGGACGCCUGGCCUUCAAUGUCAUUGGCCCAACUGUCACUCAGCUGAGUUGGGCAGAACCAGCAGAGCCCAACGGCGUGAUCACAGAGUAUGAGGUUGUCUACACACCCAUCAAUGAGGACAGCAAACCCACUGGACCUGAUAAGAAGGUGAAGAUCGACAACCCUAAGAAGCGCAUGCUGCUUAUUGAGAACCUGCAGCCGUCGCAGACGUACCGCUACAAAGUGCGUGCUAGCAACAAGGUGGGAUGGGGACCGUACAGAGAUGCCACCAUCAAUCUGGCAACCCAACCUCACAGACCCAUGUCCAUUCCAAUUAUUCCUGAUAUUCCUAUCGUGGAUGCAGAGGCGGGUGAUGAGUAUGACAGCUUUCUCAUGUACAGUAAUGAAGUUCUUCGUUCGCCCACCGCCAGCACCAGACCCAGCGUGUCUGACUUCUCAGAAGACCAGUUCAUGAAUGGAAAGUGGGAUCAAGGGUUCUUGUUCCCAGGUGGAAGUGGUUCCCUGACGCGUAACAUCAGCACUUCUUCAACUAGCUACAGCCUCUCACCUCGCCCUGGUGGUGCCAACCAAUCAGUGGAGACCACUAUGACUUACAUAACCAACAAAGGAGGAUCUUUGCCUCGCAAGCAUGACAUCCACACAGAGGACGUGAUCUUGAGAAAACGGUCCGAAAACAGGACUUAUUAUGAUAAUGAUGGUGUAAGAGACUCCAUUGUGAUGAGCGACUUGGCAGGAGGAUUCUCUGACAUGCUAAGCGGUUCUAGCUUCAGCCAGACUACAACUACCAGCUACAGCCUGAACUCCCGCGUUCACAAUCGCUCAGACGACAUCAGCGAAGCUCUGCAGAACCUGGACAGGGUUCUCCAGGAAACUCGGCUGCCACGUGGGGUCCCUGAAACCCCAAGCAGGCUGGUGUUUUCAGCUCUGGGACCCACGGCACUGAAGGUCAGCUGGCAGGAGCCCCACUGCGAAAAGCCAAUAUUAGGAUACUCUGUCCUCUACCAGCUUCUCAAUGGAGGUGAAAUGAAGCGCAUGGACAUCACUAACCCUGCGCAGAACUCCGUGGUGGUUCAGGACCUACUGCCCAACCAGUCAUACCUGUUCAAGGUAAAAGCCGAGAGUCCGGAGGGUUGGGGUCCUGAGAGAGAGGGAGUCAUCACCAUCGAGUCUGCUGUCGACCCCAAGAGCCCCCUCAGCCCUGUGCCAGGGUCUUCGUUCACUCUGAGCACACCCAGUGCUCCAGGUCCUCUGGUGUUCACUGCAUUGAGUCCAGAGACUCUUCAGCUCAGCUGGGAUAAACCACGAAAACCCAACGGCGAGAUCCUGGGCUACGUGGUCACCUGUGAACAGCUGCACGGUGGAGGAGAUCAGCGCUCCUUCCAGCUCAGCGGGAACUCGGCCACGUCUCUGACCGUUUCUGAUCUGAGUGAAAACGUGCCGUAUAAAUUUAAAGUUCAGGCUCAGACCACGCAGGGCUUCGGGCCGGAGAGAGAGGGGAUCAUCACCAUCGAGUCUCAGGAUGGGUCUAUGGGUCAGUACAGCAGUCAGUCUGUGAUGAGGAGAGAAGUGUUUAAUUUGCCACCACAGAGCACGACACAGACAACACACACCAUGUUCACCGAACCCUUCAUCACGCCAGACGGUAUGAUGAUGUCCAGCAGACAGGUCACACAGCACACAGAGAUGUCUGGCAGCAUCACGCGUCAGGUGGAGAUGGUGCAGAGAGGAGUGACGACCACCGUCUCCAAGAAACAAUAUUACGAAGCCUGAACACGGAGAUGAAGCAAACCUGGUGUUCAGUAACGUUACAGCUCAUGCAGUAUCCUGUUCCAACGACACACACACACACACACACACACACACACACACACCUGAACAUCAUCUGCGUACUGGCAUGAACACGAGUAGAACAGUGAGAACGACUGAAACACAUUCACACCAAAUCCAUUUGUGUAUGAAAUACAGGAACUGCACAGAUAAUAACAAUAAUUCAGCUUCAGUAUUGAACUGUUACGGAAACCUGAACCGCAGAUGUCUGUGGAAAAACACGCCGAAGUGCAAAGUCGUUAUUCUGACGUAAAACAACAUACAGAACAAGAAUUUUGAGAUAAUCCUCAAUAAAUGAGUCUUCUUGAUAGAUUGUCAAGUGUUAAGUCAAAAUAAGGUAUUAAGAUGAAAUAAUAUCUUGAAAUAAUGAGUUAUUAAGUAAUGAAGUCAAAAUAACGACUUGUGCCUCAGUGCUUCUGUAAACAGUAACGUCUCCUCAGUGUUGGAAUGUUCCUCAAACAGCUGGCUUAAAAUACAGUGAUCUGAGCUUUUUACAACAACAACAACAACAACAACAACAACAAUAAUAAUAAUAAUAUUCACUUUUACAGUCCAAAACCUUUACUGAAUGUAAACCUUUAUUGAAUGUUCUGUGCUUUAGUGUAUGCACUUAUACAUCCAGCUCACUUAUCUAGUCCUAGAGAUCUGCAUUGUUUUAGGGAUUGUUUUUUGUUUGUUUUUAUCUACUUUUUUAAUGUUAUGUUGCUGAAUAUGAUGAAUUAUGAAUUAUACUUUUUUAAGCUAACUUCGCUAACAAAAACAUUUCCUCAGAAACAACCUUGAAAAAAAAAGAAAAAUCAACAGCGCCAUCUACUGGACCAUUUACUGUAUGGACCAAUCAGAGACCAGCAUUUCUUCACGUGACUGUUUUCGUUUGGAGAGAAAAGAGGCCGCUAUUCCUAUAAAAUAUUCCUAGUAAAAAGCACUUUUAAAUGAUAAUUAUUUAUAAGAGUCAGCCAGUAAAGUCAUUAUAAUAAAAUAAUAAUGAAAUUAUUCGACCGCCACAAUUUUUAAGUGAGUUUAGUUACUAAGCUAACAUGCUAAUAGCUAACCGAAACGCUCUAGCUAGUUACCUUAGCUUGCUAGCUAAUUUAUUGAUGAGUCAUGAAACAUUUCCAUUUAUUUAUUUCUCAUUAAAUUAAAAUAAAAAUGCUUUUAAUACACCCUCAGUGACAUAUAAUUCCAUAAUAAGUCUCUUUUUAUUCUCAUAAUUCUGAUUAUUACUCAAAUUGACUCUUAACUGCCGAACUGUAGCUAGUUAGCCUGUUAGCUGUAGCUAGCUCAUUGAAAGCGUAGAAUCCCCUCAUGAAUUUGUUCAUUUUUAUUCUUCUUUUUCUUUUAAUGAAUAAAAAUUUAGAGUUUUUCAACAAUAACUGCUGGUGAUGUUGAAAAGUUGUCACUGUAAUUUCUGCGCUGCGUCAGGAUUUUCUCUCAAAUAAUAAUUUUUCACACCAAAUAUCAAAAUCUGUUUUAUUUUUAUGUCAUUUUACUGUUUGCAUGUUUAUGUUUAUUAUUAUUAUUAUUAAUUUUUUAACUGUCCAUUUUCUUCAUAUAACAAACAGCAUGAGUCUGGAUUACAUUAAAACAGUAAUAUACUCAUUAAAGUACAGUUUAUUUUUGCAUGUUGUAAAUACAUUACUGAAAUUUGGAUUAAAAACAGACACUCUUCCUCCUGUCAGCAUCUUUAUCUGAAGUAUUAUGCUGUAUUAUUUUUACAAAUAUUUUUAUAUUAAAUAUAAUAUGAGGAAAAACAGCUCCAACAUUUCAACCUUUAGAUCCAGUUUCAUUCAUUAAACAUGACAGAUUUACAAUUUUAAUAAACAAUAAAACUGGGUGGUUAAUAAA